AUGGAGGACAAGGUCAUGCCCGAGGCCGAGGCCCCAAGAGCCGAAAUCAAGAGCUGGAACACCAGCGGCUUAGGGGGCAUGGGGGAGAAGGGCGAGGAGCCGCGCUUCCAGAUCAAGAAGUGGAGCGCCAUCGCCUUGUGGGGUUGGGAUAUCUGCACGGAUACUUGUGCCAUCUGCCGCAACAAGCUCUACGAGCCCUCCAUUGAGGCCCAGGCCAACCCACAGUUGGCGGAUGUGAACGGCUACUCGAUUGCUUUCGGCUGUUGCGGCCACGUCUUCCACAUGGACUGCAUCUCGCGAUGGCUUAAGACCCGCUCGGUCUGCCCCUUGUGCAAUCAGGAGUGGGAGUUUGCGAAGGUCGAGAAGAUAGCUGCGUUCAAUCCCAUCGGCUGA